AAGGUCAGUCUCCGUUGCAGUCUAAAGAAGAGGCCCAGGCAGGCCGGUAGGGUAGGCCCAAUCAGGCAGGCCGGUACGAUAGGUCCAGUCAGGCAGGUCCAGUCAAGCCGGUACGACAGGCCCAGGCAGAGAGGGCGAUUGGAAGCCAAGGUGUGAUGUCAGACGUAACGCUGAUAGUUAUUAGAUUAGUAUUGCCAAACUAUGUACAGUUAUGUACAGACUAUUUCUGUACAAACUAAAUGGUCCAAUACCUCCCUUACAAAUUGUGUUCACCUGUCUAUGUCUGUCCAAUUGUUAAAGGACAUGUUUAUUAUGUCAGUGUGUAAGGGAGAAGAGACAUACUAACCUACCAAACCCUAAUCCCUUUAUCUAAACUCAGACAGAAGUAUUGACGCAACCCCCUCUCCUCUCCUCCCUCCCCCCCCCUCUCCACCCAACCCUCAACCCUCAAGGGUGGAGAAUGGUUUGAAUUCCCCUACACCAUCCUAGCUUUUCCCCCAGACGGGUUGGAAACAAGGGGAGAAUAUUCAGACAGUAAGGGGUGGAGCGUCUAAACCACGCCUUCUGCCACCUGUACCAGCAUAUGUCCGGAUUAAAAGAUGAGCCGCAUGUUUUUAAAUGUCUGCAGGGUGUAGGUGAGAUUAGGAGAGAGCUCAUGUAUUUCUUUGUGACCGUGAAAGCAGCGGAGUCUGAUUAUCAAGUUCAGUCUGAGCCUGAACUCCGGUAUAGGAGGAGGUUCAAGUCCCGGCUCCGGGUCCUAGGAUAUACUGGUGAAUUCUUAUACAGGACACACUGUCAUGCUGGUUCAGUUCUAGUCGUGUACAGUACUGCAUAUACCGGUGUACAAUCAAGUGUUAAUUAGUGAAAAUUUUGAAUAUUUCAUAUUGUUGCAAGACUUGUCUAUUCUUCUUAAACUUAGAAUUAUUCCAUCUCGAACCAUUUUUGAAUAAGAGUGAGUGACAGUUCGUUUUCCUCUAUCAUAUAACUUGGGACCAUGAAAGGAAACAGUUUAUGUAGCUGUCACAGUCCAAUUUAUUUUGAUAGACAGUGAUUUUUAAGUGAAUUGUGAAGAUAUUCAAGAAUUUAUUUUAAAUUAAUCAUAUUGAAAAACACACAAUAAUAGAAACUAGGAAACCAGUUCAAUAGAUGUCGGAAUCUUUUUUUUGAUUUUUCGAGAAUGGUUUAAUGAACUAUAUGAAUAAGAAUGGAAGAGAAUAGACAAGGAUCGUCCCAACAGGACGGAGUAUUUUCUAGACCUUACCUACCCGGAGUAAAUGGUCUUCCUAGAGAACGAGCAAACAGGUUCUCCGGAGAAAAUAAACCCGUCCGGGUCAAGACGGAGAGAGACCAAGACUGUGUUAAACUUGAACCAUUUAAUUACUACCCUGGAGUUGAAAACUUGCUUCAAAACUCUCCCCUAGCUCCUGUUGUACCCCGGAGACGAGAGUCUUUACCUGACGAAUACCUCUCGCUCAGGGAGCAAAGACGAGUAGAGUUUGGUCGUCAGAACUCACUCCCCCUGCCUCUAAACCUGUCUGGAUCCUGUUCAAGGUUUGAGAUGAACCUAGAAGAGGAGAACAGGCAGAACAACAACAUCAAGGAGGAGAUGGUUGAGACAGAGAUCUUGGCUGGUGAGGGUGGAUCGGAGGGUGGUCUGCCUGGGGCGGGGGAGAGGGUGGAGGGAGGGUCAAACAGAACUGUCAUAGAGUUUGAUGGGAAUGACUGUGUACUGUGCCGAGUGUGUGGGGAUAAAGCUUCAGGUUUUCAUUACGGAGUUCAUUCUUGUGAAGGCUGCAAGGGUUUCUUCCGUCGAUCUAUUCAACAGAAAAUACAGUACAGACCCUGCAGCAAGAACCAACAGUGUUCUAUUCUUAGGUCAGAUGUUUAAUUUCAAAUUUGUUUA